AUGACCACAUUGGCAGACAUAUUGGUGACAACAACCGACGGCGGUACAAACAAUAUACUUCUGGCAGAUGUAGGAGCAUUUAAACACGAGGAUAAAUAUCUAAGAUUUGGUGCAAAAGGUUGUCGGGAUGCCAUGUUUAUUUUAUCCUCCCACAUAACAGUAACACCUCCAUAUUAUCAUAUUAUCAUUGAUGGAUAUGGAAACACAAAAUCGAUACUUGCUAGAAAAAUACAAGAAUACAAACUUCUUCAGGAACACAUUUCUUCAGAAAUGGAUUGCUCUGUUUCCAAGUCAUUUUGGAUAAGUUGGCAACGUGGUAUCAUUGAAGUUGGGAGAGGAAAUAAAGUUGGUGUUAACGUUUUCCUGUCUGACAUUGAUCACUGUCCUUUCGCUAUAAAUAACAUUGAAAUAAGUACUGGUGGCAAUGGCGCAACAUUGGAAUGGACUAUUGUUUCUAACAGUACCAAUCAGACGAUUACCUCUCUUCAAAAUAGUUCCAUUAAGUCCAGGAAACUUUAGAGGUUGACAAAGAACUGUCCUACGUUUGAACAGAUACGGUCCAUGAAAAAAUAUUCGAACGUUGAAUGUGGAAUGGAAUGUCUUGUUGAGAAAGGCUGCUGUGGAUUUCGAUAUUACAACACCAGUGGACUGUGUGACAUUGUAUCUGAUGUUGCUACUGCUAAUAUUGUUACAUCUUAUCAUAAACCACAAUUCGAUUGAUAAACAUAUUAUGUAAACAAUUACAUAUUGAAUA